CCUCUAAUCCUAAUACUCAUCUCGUUGACAUGGGGGCUCCAUCUAACAUCGAUAUUACAAAUGAUAAUCAAUCUGACUUGCUAAAAGAUUUGGUCGAUAUGAUUGAUGAGGAUGGAUCUAUCGACAAGUGGUUAGAUGCUAUCAUCCGACAAAGCAGUGGAACAGAAUGUGACACAGAUAAUGGACAGGAUUGGUGGUCGCCUGUGAACAGACCUGUUGAGCAAGGGGACCAUGCUGACAGGUUGAGACAACCUACCAUAAGACCUCCGGGCAAUGUGCCUAGAGAAGAAGCAGGGGUUCAUGCUCAGGACAAUUCACGGGAACAAAAUUUUCCCCAUUGUUUCAUGAUUCAACCGGUCGGAUAUGAGCCUGAGAUCAACUGCUUGACCCGUGAUCCCGUACCCACCCGAGCUUCAAGAGGUCGAGACAGAGUCCAACUACAAAAUAAACCCUCUGGCAAACCGGCAUCCGAGGGCAAGGUGACACCAUCGAAGGAGCCCACUUUGCCUCAUCAUAAACCUGUUCUUAAAUGGGUCAAAACUGAAGCAGAACCUGCACAACUCUCCUGUGCCAGUGCGGUUUCACCGCCAAUUCCAGUCUUCCCAAGCAAAUUCAGGUUCCCACCUGCCAACCAUCGUGUAGAAUUUCCCCAGUGGCAGAAUUCACUGAUAGACAUGGUAAAUACCGCCAUAUGCCAAAAGUUCCGAAUCCCACAGAUGUGGAUGAAGCAGGAAGGACUAAAAAGAUCAGUUCAGCAGAAGCUGUCUUAAAUUGGCAAGCCAAGAACGCCCUUGCCCAAAACAAAAUUCUCAAGUCUAUCGAUUCGAAGAUCUCAAAAUUCCAAACUAAACUUGACCAUGUUGAACAAAAGGUCGAUAAAACAGCAGGGACAAUGCAGGAGUUACUCUGCUGCCUGGAGAAGCUACUCAACUAUAUAUAACAAGCACAAUUGAGCAGCUGCGCCAGUCCGGAAGAAUAUGAUGUUCACGGUGAGAUUAGAUUUGUAUGUGUUUGCCUUGAUCUUCUCUUUACCUUGAUAUGCUUCAGGCCUCAUUUUAGUUGCUUCUUCUUAAUCAAGGAUCUCACCUGAAGAGAUAAACAUUGUAUUUGCAGGAAAGGGAAGGUGAAAAGGGCAAAGCUGCUGCUGACAUUUCCAAGAAUGUCUUCUCUACGAGAGAGCUUAAAAGGAUCGUUGGAACAGACUCAAGAAAUCGAACGAAGUCGCAAAUCAGAAUCAUCUGGUUCCACAGCAGGCAGCGCAAAGAGUCCUAGGAUGGUGCGUGAUAAGGGC